AUGAGCACCCAAUACAGCAUCCUUUUUAAACAGGAGCAUGCACACGAUGAUGCAAUUUGGACGGCGGCGUGGGGGAAAAGUGAUGCGGACGGUUCGGAAACGAUUGUCACCGGCUCGCUUGAUGAUAUGGUCAAAGUGUGGAAAUGGUCAGAUGAGAAACUGGAGCUGCAGUGGACACUGGAGGGCCAUCAGCUGGGUGUCGUGUCAGUGGACAUCAGCCACAACGCCGCCAUCGCCGUCUCCAGUUCGCUAGACGCGCACAUUCGCCUCUGGGACCUGGAGUCUGGGAAACAGAUCAAGUCUUUGGAUGCCGGACCAGUGGACGCCUGGACGGUGGCGUUCUCGCCCGAUUCAAAGUACAUCGCCACAGGAAGCCACCUUGGCAAGGUCAACAUCUUUGGCGUGGAAAGCGGCAAGAAGGAAUACUCUUUGGACACUAGGGGGAAAUUUAUUCUGAGCAUCGCUUAUAGCCCAGAUGGUAAAUAUUUGGCCAGCGGUGCGAUUGACGGCAUCAUUAACAUUUUUGACAUUGCUACCGGGAAACUCCUCCAUACGUUGGAAGGACACGCCAUGCCCAUCCGUUCACUGACCUUUUCUCCCGACUCCCAACUGCUGGUAACGGCAUCUGACGACGGCUACAUCAAGAUUUAUGACGUGCAACACGCGAACCUGGCCGGUACGCUGAGCGGACAUGGAUCAUGGGUUCUCAAUGUGGCUUUCUCCCCAGAUAACACACAUUUUGUUUCCAGCUCGUCGGACAAAAGCGUCAAAGUUUGGGACGCUAGUUCCAGAGCGUGCAUCAACACCUUCUUUGACCACCAAGACCAGGUGUGGAGUGUCAAGUAUAACAGCAACGGUUCCAAAAUCAUCUCGGCUGGUGACGACCGUGCCAUUCAUAUUUACGACUGCCCGAUGUGA